AAAAGUUUGUUUCAAAAUGGCGGGGAUGACAAGUGUGGUGAGGUUGCUCGAAAGACAUAAGAAAGAAUUAAGUGAGACAGUCACUACAAAAUUACUCAAAAAUCUCGAAUCUGUUGGAUUAUUAAAUGCCGAAGACAAACGACUUUUAGACGAGGCUGAUUCUGCUGCCAAACGAGCCGAUGGAUUAAUAUCAAUAAUUUCUCGAAAGGGAUACCCAGCUUUUCAAGAUUUAUGUUUAUCUUUGGAAACAGUUUGUCCUCACCUUUUAACGAAGUUUGCCUUGGAUAUAGCAGGAUCAGCUGAACUCGAUAAUGGCACUACGAAUAAUUUAAAGCUUGGCUUGCAGUUGGCGCUAAAGGAACGCGAUUGCGUGCUUCGAGAAAACGCUGCUGCUGUUCAACAGCGUGAAUCCGCACUUCGCCAAUACAGUGAAAUGAAGCACGAAAGAGACAGAGCUAUCGCCAAUUUGGAAUCUUUGUCGCCAAAGUUGUCUAGCAGAGGGGGCGAACACAAUCAUUCCUUGGAAAACGGCGAGGCAGAUGCUAAUCAUUCUCCUACAAAAUGGAACGAAAAGCCAUGCUUUUCCGAAGAUUUGAUGGACCCUGUGGAAGAAUCGGGAGCGGAGCGAGAAUGUUGGGAGUUCCACAAUGUCACCCUAACCAGGGUUUCUGGUUAUGGGUUCGGUAUAGCCGUCAGUGGCGGCCGGGAUAAUCCUAUUUUUACAAAUGGCGAUCCUUCCAUUGCAAUAUCUGAUGUUCUCAAAGCUGGACCAGCCGAAGGCAAACUCAGGCUCAACGAUCGGGUAAUCAGCGCAAAUGGGAUUUCCUUGGAAAACGUGGAUUACGCAACAGCUGUACAAGUCCUCAGAGAAUGUGGAAAUACUGUCAAUUUGGUUAUAAAAAGAAGAGUCGUGCUUCCUCUUAACAAUAAUGGGCCUCAAACUCUAAAAGUAACUCUGACAAAAAACAAGAAAAAAGAAGAUUUCGGAAUUGUUCUUGGUUGCUGGAUUUAUAUCAAAGAAAUCACUAAUAAAUCCAUACUUGCGAAAGACGAAUCAGUACGUGAAGGAGAUAUCAUUACUAAGAUUAACAGCAACAGUGUAGAGGGGCUAUCAUUAAAAGAAGCCAAAAAGCUCAUAGAUAGCACGAAGGAAAAGUUGCAUUUAGUUGUUCGCAGAGACCAUGCUAAACCAACCGAAAAUCAAGAAAACUGGUCUACUAGAGUGCCAUCGGAUGCUGUCAUACAAAACAAAGUAGAUAUGCCUCCUUCUUCAAGCUUUACAGACAUUUCUGCUUCUCGACCGUUAUGGAGUAAUCAAAAUGUUUAUGUGCAAUCUCCUACUAGAGAUUUCAAAUCUGCCACCACAAAACUGGGUGAUAAAAAUAAUUUAGCUCGGCCACAAGGAAACUGGAAUCAUGAUAUGACAGAUAAUAUGUAUAAUCCUAAUGACAAUAUGAAUCACAUGCAGAUGAAUUCGAAUUCUACCAGAAUAGAAGAUAUGUAUGUCCCACCGAGGCCACCACUGCCACAAGUUGAUGGCCGAGUUGAAAACUAUGAUCACGAUUUUCGUCGAAACUCUUCACCGCCAGAUCCAAGGUUCAUUUCAUUUCAAAAAGAUGGUACAGUCGGUAUCCGCUUGACAGGUGGCAAUGAAGUUGGUAUUUUUGUGACUGGUGUUCAGCAUGGUACUGCUGCCUUCCUGCAAGGGCUACAGUCUGGGGAUAAAAUAUUGAAGGUUAAUGAUAUUGAUAUGAGAGGCUUCACAAAAGAAGAAGCAGUUGCAUUGCUAGUUAGCAUACAAGAUCAAAUCAAUCUUAUUGUUCAAUAUCGUAAGGAUGAAUAUGAGGAUGUUAUCAAUAGUUCAAAGGGAGAUUCCUUUUACAUCAGAACUCAUUUCAGUCAUGAAAGCUCUGGUAAAGGAGAACUUAGUUUCCGCAAAGGAGAAGUGUUCCAUGUUGUCGACACUUUGUAUAAUGGAAAACCUGGCUCUUGGCUCGUGUACAGGUUAGGAAGAAAUGGACAAGAAAUUCAACGAGGUGUAAUACCAAAUAGUUCAAGGGCUAAAGAACUAGCUCAAAUGCAGCAAACUUCUUCAAAGAAAGAAGGUGAUGGAGAAAGCAGAGGAAACUUUUUCCGACGUAGAGCCCGACGAUCCAAGUCUCUGUGCAAAGAUCAUUGGGAAGAUGUUGUUUUAGCUGAUUCUGUGACAAAAUUCCCGCCUUAUGAAAGAGUUAUCCUAAAGCAGCCUGGAUUUAUUAGACCAGUUGUAAUUUUUGGACCCAUCACUGAUAUAGUGAAAGAAAGACUGUUGAAAGAUUAUCCACAGUGUUAUGCAUCUCCACAAUCAGACAAUCAACUGGAAGACGAACAAUGUAAUCUAAAAUCACCUGGGAUCAUUCGCCUAAGUGCUAUUAGGGAUGUCAUUGAUAAAGGCAAACAUGCUAUUCUGGACAUAACACCUAGUGCUGUAGAUCGUUUGAACUAUGCGCAGUUUUAUCCCAUUGUAGUCUAUAUGCAUGCAGAAAAUAAACACAUUAUUAAAGAACUGAGGACCAAGUAUGCAAAAUCAACUUACAAGAGUUCCAGAAAAUUGUAUGAGCAUUCCCUUAAACUGGAAAAGUUAUGGUCUCAUAUAUUCACUGCUCAAAUAUCAUUGUCAACUACUGACUCUUGGUACAAGAAACUUCAGGAAACAAUUGAUCGUCAACAGAAGCAACCACUUUGGGUUUCAGAAGCCAAACCCGAUGAAGCCAUUACUGAUGACUUCUUGUUUGCAAUGUCAUCCAGAUUGAGCUAUGCUUCAUCACCUGAGAGCGAUCUUGAUAUUUCUAUGGAUAAUCGUUCAUCUAGCUUUAGGGAAGCUGAUUUCCAGAAUGACAGACGAUUGGUUAAAUCAUCGAGUGAUCCAAGCAUCACUGCUGCUGAAGAGUUAGCAGAUGGGAAAAAAUUCAGCAAUUAUCCUACUUAUAGCUUAGGGAGGAAUGCACAGCUUCUCUAUCCUUACUACAUUUUUCGUCGGGAAACAGCUAUACCUAUUCAAUCUGUAUUGAAGAAUGCAAAUGAUAUGAUGACUGUUCCAGCAAGAGUUAUGCCAGUGGAACAAGAAGAAUACUCAAUGCAUUCUCCCCAGACCAACACUUGCAGCACUUUUGCACCUCAUCAGAGAUCCAGGAUUGAUCCUUAUGCAACUUUAACCCCUAGUGAACGAAUUGCAAACCAAAUCAGUGGUGAAUUAAAAGAAAUGUAUGAAGUUGGGCCUAGAAGUUUAAAACCUCGACCACCACAAAUAGACAGGUCAAAUAAACCCAUUCACAAUUAUGAUCAAGGGCAAAAUGUACCAGAUGUAAACAUGAAUGUACCUCAUGAUUAUAUUAAUACAAUGGAAAGUUUUGAUACUAUGUUGGCAAAUCAAGAUCGUACUGUUUUUAAUGAGGAAUCACCAUAUCCAGAAGAACCUAGUAUUAUGUCCAACAGCUACCAAUACAAAUCAGCUGCAUCACUGUCGCCUACUCACGAGAGAAGUCAGUCUUUAGUACAACGAAGUGUUUCUAGUUCUUCAAUGCCAUAUCAAUCGAUGACUCUUGACAGAACCAAAUUCUCUCAAAUGAAAAACAGGCAUGAAUCAAAACCUCCACCGCCACCUCCACCUAUAAAGUCUUCGAAAACUAGACUUUCUGAUGGACGACCCAUUCCACCACCCAAACCUGUCCAACUUCAGAACAAACACUGGCAACCCGUUCCAGAGCAGCCUGCUGUCAGGGACCAUCCCGAAUCUGCCUUCAAGGCAAACUAUUCUGAGGAAAAUGGCCAUUCUUCUACUCUCCCAUAUCAUUCCCGUUCUUACCCAACAUCCCCUUCCAAGCCUCCACCCCCACCAAAAAGGAAAGACCCUGCCUACUACAAGCAGUACAAAGAAAACCACAGGGACAUUAACAGCAGCACCAUUGAAAGGUCAUCAAUGGGUCACUCAUAUAGUCAAGAUAAUGUGUACCAAUAUUCUGGAAAUAGAGCCUACAGUAACGUAAUGUUCAGAAAUGGUCAAAGCAGUGGAGCCUGCUCGCCACCACCACCUCCACCAAUGGGUUUGGAUUUGACCACAAGAGAGCAUCGUGGCAGUGCAUUUGAGUUGUACAGGAAGACAGAUGGAUUGCAUCAGGAAUCUCAUCAAGUUAGUCAAAGAAAAUAUACUCUAGAGGAAUCAGACGCCAACCACAGCGUCAUAGCAUCCGCAUCUGGUGUUUUUGGGCCUGAAGGCGGAACCCUUGCGUCAAAAGAAACAGGUGUUACUGUCAUAAUCCCACCUGGCGCUAUAUCAGAAGGAGAAAAACACGAAAUAUAUUUCAAAGUUUGUCAAGAUUCCAACAUGUUGCCCCCACUUGACAAGGAAAAAGGUGAAACUCUACUCAGCCCCUUAGUGAUGUGUGGGCCUCACGGUCUCAAGUUCAACGUUCCCAUCGAAUUAAGGCUCCCACAUUGUGCCUCGAUUUCUCCUGAUAAUUGGUCAUUUGCUCUCAAAUCAAGUGAUACUCCUAAUGGUGAACCCGCCGAAUGGCAGAAUCUCGAAAACAGAGAUGGCAUGACUUCAAGUCGUGUCGAAAAUGAUUAUGUAUCAGUUCUAGUAGAUCACUUCUAGUAUAGCGAAUUAACUGUAAAUUAACAACUACCAGGAUAUGUAAAGUAUUAAACUAAAGUUUGCCAAAGAUUUUGUAUGAAACAGAGUAUAUGUGACCUUAAUACUUGACAGAUAUCUUUAAAAAAAAUACUUUUAAUUUAAAUAAUAUGUUAUUUUAUUCCAUUUUUUUUCUUCUGUAUUUCUUUCUAACUUUCUUACAUUUUUAACCUCUUAACUGUGUAUUUGUAUUUAAAAAUUUCGAGAAUUUCUUUUUAAAUGUAUUUGUUUACUUGUGGAGUAAUAUUUUUUAUCAUUAA